GCCCAUGCCAAGCGUGAGGGCCCAAUAUAAAUUCGCCGAAAAGGUGGAAACUUUUUCUCGAUCUGUUGCAAUGCAUGCCUUUUUCUCCCCUCCACGCAUUCUUCUAUCCGGCGGCCUAUCUAUAUCUAAGCUGCAACCACCGUACCGUACAUGAGGCCAGGCUUCUUGAUUUUACUUGCUAUAUAUAAUUAUAUAUAUACGUCUAAGUAUCUGCCAUAUACGUCCAAAUAUCGGCAGAUACUUAUAUAUAUAGAUCUAUAUAUAUGUUGCUUGUGCGCUUGUGAUUGUUCCUUGUGAGAUCCAUCUAGGUUUCUUGUGCCUGCUAGCUACCAUGGCGGUAGCUCACCUUCUUCUCCAACACUCCGUUGCCAAUGCUGCUAGGAACAGGGUGGUUCCUCCUGCCAUUCUCCUGAUUCUUCAGCUUCUUUGCGGAGCGCUGGGCGCUGACGGCGCGACGUCGUUCCGCUUCACCAACGCCUGCCAUAACCCGGUGUGGGUGGGCGCGCUCCACGGCGCGAGCUCGCCGCCGCUCGCGCGCUCCGGCUUCUACCUGGCGCCGUCGGCCACGUCCCACCUCGACGCGCCGUCGUCCGGGAGCUGGUCGGGCACGUUCUGGGCGCGCACGGGCUGCGCCGUGGACUCCGCCACGGGCCGCUUCUCCUGCGCCACGGCGGACUGCGGCACGGGCGACGUUGCCUGCGAGGGCCGCGGGCCGGCGCCGCCCGUCUCGCUCGUGGAGGUCACCCUCGCCGCGCCGGGCAGCGGCGGGCAGGACUUCUACGACGUGAGCCUCGUCGACGGGUUCAACGUGCCGGUGCGCGUGGCGCCCUCAGGCGGCGGCGGGGACUGCCGGCCGGCGGCGUGCGCGGGGGACGUGAACGCCAUGUGCCCCGCGGACCUCCGCGUCGUGGCCGCGUCCGGCGGUGGCGUCGUAGCGUGCAAGAGCGCCUGCAACGCCUACGGCAGCGCGCGCUACUGCUGCACGGGGCAGUACGGCACGCCGGCGGCGUGCGGGCCCACCAGCUACUCGCAGGUCUUCAAGAGCGCCUGCCCGGCGGCGUACAGCUACGCCUACGACGACGCCAGCAGCACCUUCACGUGCUCCGGCGCCUCCAGCUAUGACGUCACCUUCUGCCCUGGGAGUUAAUUAUCAAAGUGAUGACCAGAGUGAAAAAGAAAAAUUGGUCAAGGAAGAUGAGGUUUAAUUUGGAGAUUAUAUUCCUUGAUAUGUUGGUAAUAAUAAUUGAAGAGCUAGCAGUGUUUAGAGCCAGACUAGAUAUUUCUUUCAAAACUUCCUACAUAUGGUGGUGCUUCGAGCACGAAUGAAGUCAGUAGGAGUACAAGCAAUAAGAUGUUGAUAUGCACAGAAGGUAACACACAAAACACAUACUGAUUUAAUUUAUUCAAUACAUACUCUUCAUGAAAAGGAGGUGGUUCAACGAUA